CAACAUCGGACGGUUGCAACCCGCGCGCCGCGUGAUUCAUUCGGUCCUAGUACACACAGAAUUCAACGAAGUGGUUAGUCUUCGGUCUAGGACGUCGUUUUACGUGACUUUGUGUGCUAACUGCUCUGGUGCUCUCCCAGCUGCUUUUGAACAACUCACAUUGGGCUUAAAUCUCGAUGUCCUGCUCCUGCGUUUGUCAAAGCGAAAGUGCGAAGAAAGUCCUCGCGCAACAGGAGUAUGGUUGAUUGCGUGCAGUUGCAAAGAGGGAGGAGGUCGAGAUAAUGUAAGAAUGGCUACGGCUUCAAAGAGAUGAGGCACACGCACGAGCAGUAGAAAAAGAAAUGAUAACGAAUAGGCUAGUACAAGAACCUAUUUGGAAGACGAAGAUAAGCAUAAGAAAGCUCUUUAGGUUCGUGCAGAGCAUUUUCGAAGAUAAAGCCGCAAUAUCAACACACGCACCUGAAGCAGGUCCCUAACCCCAACUGCCCAAAAGCCUCCUCCUGUCGAUGUGUAGUAGAGCUAGCACGGAUAGAUGACACAGGCGCAUGCGCACCCUAACGCUAAGAAUGAGCAGAGAUCGUUUCAUCUUACCUCCCACCAUGACUUGACCAUGCAGUCCUCCAGUAAAUUUUCACAACGAAUUUGAACGCCCAACCCGGGUGACGGUGUGUGACGUUGGCGACAAAAUAUGUAUUCAUGGACGAUGGGCUAGCUUUAGCUUUCUCAUGCACUUUAUUCUUCACAUAAGACCAGUAAGACCACAGCGCAAGAAGCAUUUCCAUUUUAAUAUUCUGUUUUCUCCAAGAACUUCUGUAGCGAGUCGCUCAGAAGAUCAAGAUCAUAGAUAUCAGCAUCGUAGGUUUUCCACGCAGCACGCCAGCACCUCGCAAUUACCUUUCUGAAACUACCUCCUAAUCGCAUCUUUAUCUUUUCGAUUUCGUCGGAAAUUAUCAUUAACAUCGAUGUGCGCAUCUCCAAGGAGCAAAAAUUAUUGUAUUCCUCCACGCUUUCGUUUCGUGGUGGUGGAUAGGUGUAGAAAAAGUCAAGAGGAUGAACCAAUCGUCGUAGCCGCAGCCCAACAAGAAGCACCCGAGACACGAAAAUAUGUCCACCGCUUCGACGCGCACUUCGAGUAUUGAGAAUGCGGCCGGGUCUCAGCAGCUCAUCAACACGCCAAAGCUCUUUUCCACCACGGGAAACGUGGGUAAAUCUGAUACCGCCCCCUCCUCGCGAAAGUUAUUCCUUCUAAAGGACCAUGAGGACGAUCUUGAGCAGCUGCGGCUAGCUCCAAAAGGAAGAACGAGUGGCACUGGCAACACAAACAACGGUCACGAGGAGUUCGCAAAUCCUAAUCGCAAGAGCGGAAGCGGAGGAAACUACGCUCUAGCACAGCCUCAACUUCCUGCUUACGUGCCGAGCAAUAGCCCGCAUUUGAAUUAUCCCUACUCAUCAACAGCCAGCCCGAGCCUAUACAAGCUCAGCGGUAGCACACCUGGAGGACUACUAGCCUCUCCGCCUCACCAUCAGCUUCUACGUGCUGACAAGUCCGCGGCGCUUCCCCGAACAUCAAGCCAGCGCGUCAGCCACAUCGUUGACGACAGCAGCAUCAUGGCCGCCUGUCUACAGGGCGUGCUCCACUGGUGGGGGCGCGCGUGUUGUCUCGGGUUUGAGCCCCCCGUGGUGGCGAUAAAACGGAAAUCGUCUUCCUCCCAAUUGUAUAGCGCUGGGUCCGCGAACGCAGCGGGUGCUGGUGCUCAGGCGCAGCCAGUACAACAAUCCCCAGGCUUGUUCCCGCAUUCUUCGUUCUCUUUCGGUUUUCCGGGCGGGGGAGUCUUGUCUUCACAAGGUGGACAACUUCAACCUAGCUCCGGAGGCUUUGCGACAGCUCACGACCACUCAGACUUUGAGCGUAUGCCGAGUCGCGAACUCACCAGGUCACACUCCAGUGCGGGAUUCCACACGUGUGAGUCGGAGGCAAAUCGCAGCGCCAGCGACCGCGACCAGGGGUGGCGAAGGCAUCGGUCUGCCGCGGGAGGACCCGGAGUACCAAACGGGACCGCGGCAGCGACAGGAAGCAGUUAUGGGAACUACAGGCAGAAUCCACAACUUCCCGGCUCCGUAUCGUCAACCCCUCAAGGCACUCUUACGGCAGGAGCUGGGAAGAUUUCAAGCACCAACUCCGCCACGCACAGCAAGUUCCGGCGCACUCCAGCGAGCUACCAAAAGAACCUGGAGACGCAGACGUACGAGCAGCGGGACGACCGCGACAAUCUGAUGUUCGAGCGCCUCGAGAAACUUUUCGCGCGCGAGUUUGCUCCGAAGCAUGGAGGUUUUCGGCUGGACGAAUCAUUGAUCUGGCAGUUUGUCUUCGGGUACCGCAAGGAGCGCGACCGUAGCCAAGUCACGGAGCGCUGUUUCCGCAUGGCCAUGCAGGAGCGAAGCAAGCUCGGGCUGCUUUCAACCGCUUCAUCUAGCAGCGCGACGCCCAGCCCCUCCAUGAAAAGGGAUCAGAACAACCCUAACAGUGGAAAAGCAAGAAUUUCCGAAAACACAGCGGAAUUUUUCGCGGCGAGUGGUCAGGAAGAUUUAGCUCGGCUCACGCACGCUCACUCGGCGCCACCAGGAGGUGCGGGCACGACCGCGAGCCAGCAGAAGGCUGCUGUAGCAUCAACAGCCUUGAUCCCGCCCCCGUUCACGUACGCCGUGGCGCACUUGUCCGCACGGGAGCGCCAGUGGCUGGACUACGAGGUUUUGCACCUCGGAUACGAGACCUUUUAUGGGUAUCCGGUUUUGUGGCAUCUGUUGGACUUCUCCGCGAUCGAUGAGGUGGGGAGCGAGCGCAUGCUGGAACCCAUGCUGCAGAUGGAGUACUGCGUCACGGAAAACAUACGGCGGCUGAACGGAACUCUGGUGGAGAAGAUGCGGACAAAUCACGCGAUUCUAGAAGAUGAACAGGAAAAGACUACAAAUAGAAACCAAGAACCAUCUGCAACAUCCUCGUCAGCUGCUCAGGAAGAUCGUGACACGACCUCAGUUUUGCAGUACAAAAACGUCAUAGUGCUCGAUAUGGCGUGGACGCUGAAGUCGCAGAAGAACUUGCAGCGGAAAAUCCAAUUUUUCGCGGAGUUCGUGAAGCGGUACGAGUAUUUCAGCCCGGACUCGGCGUACAAGAUUCUGCUGAUCAACUCGCCCUUCAUUUUCCAGAUGAUUUGGGGCGCCAUCUCGGUCUUUCUGUCGCCGACCACCAAGAACAAAGUGAAGAUCUUCGGCAAGGACUACGCAAAAAAGCUGAAGGCCGAGGGCCUGUCGGACGAGAACAUCCUCUACUCGUCCGGCGGCUACCGACGCGUGACGGGCAUUCAGAAGUUCGGCUUGGAAGGCAGGGGUGUGGACCUCUGCAAAAAAAGCGUGCGCGUCGUCGGAAGCAGCAGCAGCAACCUGCUCCUGUAGGAAGCUGAUGAAGAGAGGAUGCAAAACAUGGAUGUCCUCGAGUGAAGUAGACCGACAACCUGGGGGUGGGCGAUUCCGACAACUGUCAUGUUGAUGUACCGGCAAAGCAUAAACGUAACCAGAAGAUAGAAGCACGAGUUCUUGCAAAAAGGAAAAGCGCAGACGCAAUGUUCUUGUAUGAUUUUUUGAAACUUUUUGAAGAAAGUCUUUGUUGUAUUUACUUGGGAGCGUCUUGCCUACCACGACGAAAACACAUGUUGAUGUUGUCGCUUACUCCCUUUUGUGUUUCUUGAGCAUGAGCUUGAAACUCUUGAACUCGGUGUCCGAUAGAACCUUGCUAAACGAUCACGCUUGAUACAGAAGAUGUUGCCGUCGAAGAUUUGUGUACAACCACAACGGGCAUGAGUUUCUACUCAAUUAUGGAAUAAACGCCCUAGUUUGAUGUCGUGCUCAACAAGAAAGCCCUAGUAUCCCGACAAGAACGGCUCUCAGUUUCGCGGGUGCCACACCCACAUGCACAUCAAAAUUUCGUUUAAGUUGUUCUACUCCCGUAAAAGACUUCUCAAUGCAAUGUACUGUCCUCCACCGGCGACGACCGGACGAAACACAUAAAUGCAAAUAAAGC